AUGGGUGCCGCUACUGAAGGUAUCGCGAGUACUUGUCUUGGCAUUGAAAUAGAAAUCUUUCAAGCAAAAAAUAUAGAAGUCAAGUCCCAUGGGAGCCUUUUUGUUAGAUACUAUCUCUCUGCAGGAAAGAACAAAAGAAUCCAACUGAAGAGCCGAGAAAUCUCCUCAAAGUCCAACCUCUUUUGGAACGAGUCCUUCUCAUUGGAGUGUAUAGGCACUGAAGACUCCAUCAACAACCUAAAGCAAGAGACUGUAGUUUUCGAGCUCAGAUGGAGAAACACAAAUCCGAUCCUUGCUAAAAUAGGAGGGUCACAACUCCUUGGUAGAGCUGAGGUUCCAUGGAAAACAGUUCUUGAAUCACCAAAUUUGGAAAUGGAAAGUUGGGUUAUGAUGGUUCCAAAGAAGGGUAGUGUUCCUGACGACGUCAAGCCUCCUUCAGUGCAAAUAGCAAUGAGAGCUAGAGUUCCAGAAAUGACAGAGAUGGAGAAGAAGAACAGGAGAGAUGGCAGGUUGAGGAAGAGAGAUGGAUGUGGUUGUUGCAAGGAUAGUGGGUGCAGGUGUGAAGAUUAUGAAAUUUUUGCCCUAGUGGUUGCUUUGGAAGCACUAUAA